UUGGUUUCAUGAUACUGUUGAUUAUUUCAGAAGUUGGAAGAUAUUGGAAACCUCAAGUAACCACUCACUUGGUUGUCGAUUAUAAUCGAGAAGAGAGCUUUGAAAUAUAUUUGGAUAUUACGUUUCCACAUAUAGGUUGUGGUGCAUUAGGAUUGGAUACUAUGGAUGCUACGGGAGACUCCCAGUUGGAAGUUGUCAAUUCGAAGCUUUCCAAGUUUCGAGUAUUUCAAAAUGGAAGUCAAGUGUUGUGGAAUCAAUCGAUAGUAGAGAAGGAUGGUAAAGUCCAUUCCUUUGUAUUGGAAGAGGCAACAAAUUGUAAGUCUUGUUAUGGAGCUCAAAUAUCAACAGAUCAGUGUUGCAAUACUUGUGAAGAAGAAGUAUUAUUAGCAUAUGAAUGGAUAGGUUGGUCAUAUCAAGUGGAACAAUUUGAACAGUGUCAUAUGGAAGGAGUGGUACAAUGGGUUCAAAGUGUUUUAUCCCAAGGUUGUCAUUUUCAAGGCACUAUUGAAGUUGCUAAGUAGGAGGCAAUUUCCAUUUCGUAC